CAAAAACACUUCACCACGCAAACUCAAUAUCACAAGACCCAGGUUUCAGAUUCUUUCAUCCACUCGCAGUUUCUCUCUUUAAAGGUCAGUUUCUUCAAUACCCAUCUAACUUUUCAAGUUGAUUUCAAGAUUUUGGGGUUUCAUUUUGUUUUAUGUUACUUUUGUCAAUGAAUCUUAGUGUUUCAUCUUCGAUUCUUUUUUUUUUUCUUUGGCUUAUUUACGAAAUGGGUUUGUGUUAUUUGUAAUUUAUGAGCUGAAUUUGAUAUUGUUUGUGUUCAUUUAGUGAAAUUGAUUUGAAUUUUGAUAAUGAGUGGAGAUAAUUUCACUGACGGGUUGCGUCCGAACCGACCCGCUUUGGGUGAUGUGACAAAUCGACCUGUUAAAAGAGCGGUUUCGUUGAUUUCGGGCGAUUUGGGGCCUAAAUCUGGUGAUAGUGAAAAUGGGAAUUCGGGUUUUGCGAAGAAAGUUUGUUUACAAGUUGAAAAUUUAGUAAAAGAAAUGAGUAAGAACAAGAAGUCUGGAGUUGAUAAUUCUGAAAAGGGAGUGUCUUUGUGUGAGAACGUCGUUUCUAUUGUGUCUAAUGAACCUGAUAAAAUUGACAAGUCAUGCGAUUUAGGUGUUACAAUAGCUCACAAUGGGGUAGAACUUGGUGAGGCGUCGAGGGAUUGUUGUGUGUCUAGUGUUUUGAUGCCCACAUGCUCGAAGAAAGGUUGCGAGGAAGGAGUAGGAGCACAAGUUGGUCGUGUUAGCAAUGAUAAAGAUGUUGGUGUGGGAAGAUUGGCGUCAAGCAAAUGUGGGUCGAUUGAAUGGUCGAGGUUGCCUAAGUCACAGGGUUUGAAAUCGUUUGAGUUGGAGAGAUGUGCGGGGCUUAAGGAUGAUGGUUGUGUGAAUUUAAAUGUGGGUGCUGAUAUGCUCAAAGAUUGCUCUUGCUCCUUUUGCUUAAAAGCUGCUUAUAUUUGGUCGGAUCUCCAUUAUCAGGACAUCAAGGGUCGCAUAGCUGCAUUAAAGAAGAGUCAGAAAGAAGCGAGCUGCUUGGUUCAAAAGUGUGUCAGGGGAAAGGAAUUGGAAAUUCCUGGCCAAGGAAGCUCGGGAAAAUCAUCAAAACUAGAAUCUGAUCUCAUGAGUCAGUGGAGGUCACUCUUUUCUCACAUGGAGGAUAUAUUUGGUCAUGAAAGCAGUCAGCUUCAAGCAAGUUUUGUUACACUAAAAGAUUUGAGAGAGAAUUGCAAGAUGGAUCUAGAGAGGACCAAUGGGAUGCCUUCAGAAAAACACUAAUGUGCUUUUGACGCUUCUGCAGAUUGUAAGAUCUUGUCACUGAAAUUUUAGUUGCUCAUUGUGUAUGCAUAAGCAUUUCUAUGAGUGUGCAUGAGUAAGUGCAAUGCAACCAUGUUAGAUACGCAGUUCUUUAGAAGACUCCUUAAAGUUUUGAUUUGUCAUUUGAAGCUGUAAAAUAUAUGUUCACUGUUAGUAACAUUUGUUGCCUCGAUCCCUGUUCAUGUGAACAAAAUUUCCCCAUGGUGAAUCUGCUUUUCAUCUGUUGUUUCUGUGCCCCCUUCCUCUGCCUGUUUUGCUUCCUUCACAUCAAAUUUAUGUACAUUAAUGAGCUCUAGGAGUGUAAUGCCAUCAAGCCACAGGCAAUAGCAAAUUGGUUCUUUAUCUAUUGAAGAAUUGAUUAAGCAACGAGUUUUUUGGGUAGUUUCUGCUCAUUGCUCUGGAUUGCUGUGCACAAAUGGGCCUUGUAAAGGAGGCCGAAGAAGAAUUCUAAAGGGCCUAUGUAUGGUCCAUUUUGGGUUACUCUUGCGGCCCAUUUACUUGUUUUUCAG